AUGGAGAGCACCGUGAUUUUGAACGGGCUCAUCGCGAGCGUUAGCAGUUCACUGGCGGGUGUUAUCGUAAGGGCAGCGUGCGUCAGGAGGGACGUUGACAUCCUCACGGGGCGACUUGAGAGUAUAAUGGCAGUAAUCGGAGAUGCAGAGAGGCACCGGAUCCUGGCUCAGUCCGAAGCGGCCGACCACCGACUCAAGAAGCUCAGAGAAAUUGCGUAUGAGGCGGACACCAUAAUUGACCUCUUCAGGAUUGAAGUGGGAACUUCACGGUCACAGGAAUGGGAUGCUGCCUCUGUAUGUAAGUGUGUCAAGGAAGUUCAUAUCAGAUGCCAGAUUGGAAAUGAUAUACAGGAACUAAACAAGAAACUGGAUACAAUCAUACCGGUAAUACAACAGUUAGGACUAGCUGCAGAAGAUCAAUCAGGAAUAGAUAGUGAAGUUGCUCCUCAUUACAAUGAGUCCAAUACAAUAGGUAGAGGUGUUGGCAGUGACUGCAAUGAUCUUGUUAAUCUGCUACGGAGAGGUGGAGAAGGCGCCCAUGUUCUUUUCGCCAUAGUUGGAACUAUUGGAGUUGGUAAGAGUACUCUUGCACUCAAGAUAUACCAUGAGAUGAGAGGUAGGUUUAGAACCAGGUUAUGGGUAAAUAUCUCCAACGACUCCAGACGCAUCACAAUAUGGUCUGGUGACACAUUUAAGAGAAGGGCAGGAAUGGCGGAGCAACGUGAGGUGUUAUGCCGCUAUCUGGAUGGUUCUACCAGCAACCUGCUCUUGGUCAUUGAUAAUGUGCGGAAAGCAGAUGAUUGGAACCAGUUGCUGGCUGCAAAUGAAGCAUUCCGCCGUUGUGGCUGCAAAGUCAUUGUAACAACACGUGACGAGAAUGUCGAAAGGAAGAUGGGGGUGACCCAUUUUCACCGUGUCAAGUGUUUGAAUGGGGACGAUGGCUGGUUGUUGCUCCACAAAACCGCUAAUCUGGGAGGGACUGUAGCCACUGGGAACAUUCAGGAUGUUGGAAGAAGUAUCGUGCAGAAGUGCAGUGGCGUUCCGAUGGCAAUUAGAACAAUUGGAUGGAAUCUAAGGGGCAGGUCCCGGGAAGAUGAAUGGGAGAGCAUACAUUCACAAUAUUUCAUUUCCUCGUAUCCAGGGAUAAGGGACACCAUUGAUACGACGUACAUGGAGUUGAAGUAUCGUGUCAAGCGGUGUUUCCUCUACUGCUCUUUAUACCCGGAGCAAUUUGUGAUCAAGCAGCAGUGUGCCACACAGCAGUGGAUUGCAGAGGGUUUCUUUGAGGGCAGUCCAGAUUUAGAAGAGGCGGCUGAAAGCUGUUACCAGGAAUUAAUAGAGAGGGGUCUUCUUCUGCCUGAGCAUGAAGCUAAUGGUGUGGUGGGAGCAAAGAUGCCUACUCUACUGAGAUCGUUUGCACUCUAUCGGUCAGGCGAAGAGAACUGUGUGGAUAAUCCUAGUCGUAUCAGUAGUACCAGUAAACCAUGGCGCCUAUGCAUCACAGAUGAAGAAGCUAUAGAGGCCAUCCCGGUUUAUGUCACUCGUUUGAGGACACUCUUUGUGUCUGCAAGCCCACUCAGAAGAAGCAGCUUGGACCUUAUCAUUGAAAGGUUUCCGAACCUAAGAGUACUAGACCUUAGAGACACACAAGUUGAGAGCAUUCCCAAAACGCUGGGAAGAUUGCUGCAACUUAGGUAUCUGAAUCUUUCGAAUACUGAAAUAAGAAAACUUCCUCAGAGUAUCGGGAAUCUGAUGAUGCUGCAGUUUCUAAUCCUCCAAAACUGUCCUUACCUCACACAAAUGACCAGUCAUGUUGGCCGUCUGGAAAACUUGAGGGGCCUCGACUUCUCAGGGGCACCAAAGCUAAAUGAUGUCCGUUUCAGACUACUCAAACUGACAGAACUCAACUGCUUGCAUGGUUUUUUUCCAGCUAACCAUGGUUGGACACUUAAAGAAUUACAUGUACUGCGCAACCUUACAAGCCUCCAGAUACUAAGGCUAGGCAGGGCAUCAAGCAUAGAAGAUGCACACCAAUCAAGACUGCAGGAAAUGGAUAAUCUCAGAGAGCUCGAGCUGUGCUGCAGUUCUGUCGACCAACCACCAGUUGACGUUCAAGAGCAUAUGAAAGAUGUGUUCAGCGCACUCAGACCUCCUCAGAGUUUGUUUUCUCUCAAGCUAGAUGGUUACUAUGGCAAUGGAUUUCCAGCUUGGUUUUCUGUUUCUCACCUUACAGCGCUGCAGCGGCUGACGCUUGAUGGCUGUGUCCACUGUCAGCGCCUACCAGCUCUCGGUGAGAUGAUGAAUCUUAAAUUCCUGGCUAUCAUAGGCUUCAGCGUGUUGACUGAGAUCAACUAUGAGCUUCGUGGGGCGCCAGCAACCGGUGUGGCAUUUCCACUGUUGGAGCAGCUAUUCUUAGGGAGGAUGCAGAAUAUGGUGUCAUGGUCUGGUCUUGUGGAUACAGACAUGCCUUUACUCGAGAGAUUACAUCUUGAUGGAUGCCCCAGUAUGAUUUCUGUCCCCUCGUGGCUCCAGCACUGCACAACAUUGAAAAGCUUGAAGAUACACCAUGCUGAUGCGCUUCAAAAUAUCGAGAACCUGCUAGCACUUAAGGAGCUGCAAGUUCACCAUAGUUCCAAUCUGAAGAGGAUAUUUAACCUCCGUAGACUGGAGGAAUUGGAAAUCGUGAACUGUGCACACCUGGAUACUGUGCAGGAUGUUCCUCUGUUGCGCCUCUUGCAUUUGGACGAACCCACAGCCCAGCUUCCAGAAUGGCUCCAGAAGAAACAGUCAUUUACUCUCAGGAGAUUGGAGAUUAUUGGCAGUGAGGACCUACUGGACAGAUGCUCCUCACCCACCGCGCGCUACGGGCGCCUCAUCAAAGAUGCAGCUGAUCAUGUUUAUGCGAAAUUGCAUGGCGGUUCCUUGUACUUUUCGUACACCAAGAGCACUGGCAUGUUCGAUAGAAGCCGACGAUGCAGGGAUCGCUACGGUAUGCAAGGCGCAGCUAUCCUCGCGGUGCCUGUUGCUCCCCGGCGAGUUCAUGGUGGCUGGGAAACAUGGAUCAAGUACACACUUUGUGCCAUCUUCCUCAUUGUUUCCCAGUUCUUUGUUCAGUGGGCUGUUAGCUCUAGGUAG